AUGGAUCUGCAACAAAAGGAAAAAGUCAAGUGGCUUACUGAUGGUGAUGAAAACAAAACAUUCUUCCAUUGCUCGGUUAAAAGAAAAAACAGAAAAAAUCGAAUUCAUGGCCUGCAUAUCAAUGGGGUGUGGUGCACAGAUCUAGAAGAAAUUAGGAAGGAGGUGCAUGACUUCUUUGCUUCCAAAUUCCAUGAUGCAUGGCCUAAUCGUCCGAAGCUUAUAAGUCACUUGUUCAAAACAUUAUCUGCUGAGAAUGUUGAAUUACUUGAUGCACCUUUCACAUUUGAGGAGGUAAAACAAGCGAUUUGGAGCUAUGGAGGUGAAAAAGCGUCUGGACCAGAUGGUUACACCUUUAAAAUACUCAAGAGUAAAUGGGAUCUUAUCAAAGCUGAUAUUUUUCGUUUUAUGAAACACUUUGAAUCCCAUGGAAGCCUGGCACGGGGUUGUAACUCAUCAUUCAUAUCACUCAUUUCGAAAGUGAAGGACCCUCUACAUCUUGGUGAUUACAUACCUAUUAAUCUAAUUGGUUGUUUAUACAAAAUUAUUGCCAAAUUGAUGGCUUCUCAUCUCAAAUUGGUGAUUGGAACUGUAAUUAAUGAGGUACAAUCUACUUACAUCAUAGGCAAAUAUAUUCUUGAUGGGCCACUAAUAAUUAAUGAAGUAUGUUCUUGGGCUAAGCAAUCAAAAGAAUUAUCUUUUUGUUUAAGGUUGAUUUCGAAAAAGCCUUUGAUUCUGUCAAUUGGUGCUUUCUUGAUUCCAUAA